UAACGACUCUGUUGUUUGUAAAUAUCAUGUUCACCUGUGGACUUGACAUUUCAUUGGAAAUAGAAUACUAUAUAGAGGGUAGAGAUUUAUUCUGUGCCAAGUUACAUUGUGUGGAGAACACAAGAGAAGAUAAAAUCUCAGCUCUUGUCAACAUGUCAGUCUAUAGGAUCAGUGAAUUAGAGGGGAAGAUUGUGUUGGCGUCUGUAUCAGAAUCAGAUUCAAGAGUUCAAGAUUAUAAAGUAAAUGGAUCAAAAGUUGACGGAAAGUUUUCAAAGGUGUUUGGAGACUUGACUGUGUCAUUUACAAAAACUUCUGAUUGUUUUAGUACUGUGUUUGGAUGUGAUGUGUAUUACACAAACAGAAGGGGUCUCAUUGAGAAGAAAGAGAACAAAACCAAACCUGUUGACCAAGACAAUUUUAAGCCACUGAUGUUGAUGACCGUAGAGGCUAAAACUCCAGAGUUUGAUAAAACAAUUGAUAGAAUGUCAGAGUUUCUGAAAACUUUUCAAUAUUCUGAAUUGUUAAACAGUGCUGACUUGAAGAUGAAUUUACAGUUUUCAACAGAAGACAUACAUUCUAACCAGACUGUAAGUCAAUUGAAUCAUAGAAGAGAGUUACCGGUGGAAGAAAGAUUUGACAACUUUGUUAAUCUUACAAAUGCGAUGGAAAGUAGAUUGAAUAGCUUGUUAGUUGCUCAAGAAUCUAAAAUUCAGAGACUCGAACACAAAAUUAACAACAUAACCAAUGGAUACAAGGACGUUGAGAACAAUUUGGACAUACAACAUAAAACUAAUCAAGAGCUUGCGCAGUUUAAAAAUAACUUUAAUGAAAACUUACUAAAAACAUUUCAACAAAUGGAAGCAAACAAUAAAACACUUGAAAUAUACAAUAGAUCAAUAAAAGACGUACAAAGUCUUUACAACGCUUUAAACAAACAACUGGAGAAAUUGAACUACAGUGUGAUUAAUGUAUCAUUAAGUUUGUCUCAAAAUUCAAAUGAAAAGGAACAUCUGACUAAAAACAUGCAAGAUUUAAAAAUAGAUUUAUUAAACGUGACUAAGCAAAACAUUGAAAAUAGCACUUCGAUUUCGGAACAACGUCAAAAUGUGCGCAUUCAGCAACUGGAAGAAAGCAACAAAUUACUUUCUGAAACACUUAAUGAUUUAAACGCCAACAUGGAGAAGACUAACACAUCCAUACAAAAUCUGAUUAAGAAAUCAGCUCAAAUAAGUGUCGUAUUCAUUAGAUUAAAUGGAUUAGUUGGACUUGAAAACGUACGUUAA